AGGAAGAUAAAUGUAAUAUAAUAUAUGGCACGAUGGCAAGAUUAUUAGAAAUCUUUGCAUUUUGUAUUAUAUGGACAUUAUGUUUUUCACAAGAAUUGUCAGAACACAUGAAAGGAGGCCGCCCUGCAAGAAAAGGAGAUUUCAGUUUUACAGUGAGAAUUAUGAAGAAGAAAGAAUUUAUUUGUAGCGGCAUUCUGAUAGCACGUGAUUGGAUUUUAACGGGAAAAGAUUGUAUAGAGAGGGAUGUUCGCGACUAUACAAUUCUUUUUAAGCCUGGCGUCGUCCGAAAAGUUAAAUAUAUACAGACAGACAAUAAGUUUGACGACAUUCUGUUGGCAAAGCUGAACAAAAAAGUACAUCGCAAGAAGGACAAAGUACGGCCCUUUGAUCGUUUUAUUUCAAAAGGAGCCGAACCAAAAGCGACAAAUUGUAAAGUAGUUGGUUUUUCAGGUGACAAGACCAAUUUGAAGGAAGUCGGUGUCAACAUCAAAUCUAAUUCCAAAUGCGGCAAAUUGGGCAAGGCCGAAUCAUUUUGCUUUGAUGCAACCGAUGACAAAAUUUGUGCAGUAGACAAUGGAUCUCCUAUCAUCUGCAAAGCAGAGAAUUCAAACAAUCAUCUGUGGUACCUUGUCGGUCUCUCUUCCGUGAAAGCAGGAUGCCAAACAAAAAAGGUCAAGGGUAUUCGGCUUACUCACUUCAAAAAGUAUAUUUUGAAGAUUUUGAAACAUAAAGAAAAAAAGGACUUAGAACUUGGCGAAAAAUGUGAUUUCGACAGACAAUGCCUAUCUAAGCGAUGUGAGGGCGUUUGUAAGAGGAAAUGUAUAGAGUCUGAUAAAAACGACACAUGCCGAGUGAAAAACUGGGAUGGAUUGAAAGUGACCUGGAAUGUAUUCGAAAACAUGCCGAGGACCCGUUCUGAAGCUCUUGCUCUCAACUGGACUGGACUGACCCCUGGUGCUGGCUGUGACGAUAAUUCAAAAUUUAAAGGCCUACGAUACAUCAAAGGCAAUGACACGGCGGUGAUUCUAAUUUACGAUGUAGCCGGCUACAUAGCAGGAAUUCAACUUGGGUUUCAAGCGGAUUUUACACCAAAUCCAAACAAUUACCCGUUUCCACCACUAAAGGAUAAUUCAAUAAUCGAAGAUGAUGGGUACCAAUAUUUGACAGCUUACUUUGUUGAUCCAUCGACUAUUUGUAAUAAGGGUCGCAGCGCAGCUGAAUUUCGCGAAGAUGGAACAGGCACAGGCCUGUGGCUACAGAACGGUACGAACCCCAUGCUGGACCUACUUGAAGUUCCUUUAACCCAGAAUGAAGCAGAUAAAAGCCUUUGGACAAAAGGCCUCUGUUUCAAAGUUAUGGGGGUGCAUUAUUGGUAUAACAUAGAUCUAGCGAUGAACUGCAACGACUUUUUCCCGGUAUUUUUGCUGUACAAUGACGGUGUAUUAAAUAGCUUUGGGUGGGCACUUGCAAUGGACUUGAAACAAUAUUCGCCAUACAUUGAACAUCCGCAACAGGCUGUUUACGCGUUAUUCAUGGAAACACCGCCUACCUGUCUGUAUAGCCUUGGUAGACUGUCCACCAUGCAUAUCUACCUUACAGAUGCACCAUCGUUGAACAAUAAUUGCUAAAUUAAAAAUAUACGUUCAUACAGUUUAUCGGCAGUAAAACGAUAUCGAUGUAUAAUGAUGGUUAAUA